AUGCACUCCCCCCAGGAAUUCCCAUCGUCUCCGAAAACAGAACGUGGUUCUGGAAGCAAGCCAAGGAGACCUCUAGACACACACUCCGAGACAACUCAUGGUCAGCAUGCAGGACAUGUGGUGCAGACAACCCUUUGCGCCGAUGGCGGCAUUCCUCACGCCACGGAUAUGCCGUGGGUGGGUAGAACCGUGUCUGCUGCGGAAACCCAACUCUUCCCGUUCCGGAUGUCACGGUAUUUCUCCGUGGAGAUAGAUCGCAAGCACACAGAUAUUAUCUUGAUAGUGUGUGGCUUUGUCGGCGGCUUAGUUGAUGGUCUAUCCUUCAAUGCAUGGGGCAGCUUCUCUAGUAUGCAGACUGGAAAUACCGUUUUCAUUGCAUUAGGCGUCUCUGGUCAACCUGAAUACCCAGCCUUCCUCUGGGCAAAGUCCCUCAUCGCACUAACAGUUUUCCUGCUUGGCAACGUCUUGUUUAUCCACCUCUCACGCGCCCUUAAACCCCUCCGACGCUCAACGCUCGUCUUCUCCUUUGGCAUCCAAACGGCCGCCCUCAUCAUCGCGGCAUCCAUAGUGCAAACCGGCCUCGUCAGCCCCAGGCCUGAAGACCCGCGCGCCCCUAUCCAGUGGAUUCAGGUUCUGCCCAUCAGCCUGCUAGCGUUUCAGGCCGCCGGUCAAAUCUGCGCCUCGCGCCUACUAGCCUUCGACGAGAUCCCCACGGUGGUACUUACCACGCUUCUCUGCGACUUGCUCGUUGACACAAACCUCUAUGUCAGACCGUGGUCUGCAAAUCCUAAACGGAAUAGAAGAAUCGCUGCGUUUCUGGCACUUUUUCUGGGUGCUAUGACGGCGGGCGGUCUCGCACGAACAACAUCUAUUGCUAGUAGUCUUUGGCUGGCCGUGGCUUUGAAAGGUGUUAUCACGUUUUCGUGGUUCGUGUGGAGGGAGAACUGUCAGGCAUUGAGACAGAAACAGGUCUUGGACGAGAGCCCAGUCUAA